UCGCUGGCAACAUUUGCACAUGUCCGAUUUCGGCAUUUCACUUACGUGUUUUGUUUAUUUUACUUUUAAAAAUUAUCUGGAUUAGUGAUAUUAUUUAUACAAUGAAAAUCCUGUAUGUACUAUUUAUUUCAUUGACUAUAGUAAAUUGUGAUGAACAUACACAUACCUACAAGGAUGGCGAGCAAGUGGUGCUAUGGAUGAACACUGUGGGCCCAUACCACAAUCGCCAGGAGACGUAUGCGUAUUUUUCGCUACCGUUUUGUGUCGGAACCAAAGUAACAAUCGGGCACUACCAUGAAACUUUAUCGGAAGCGCUUCAAGGUGUGGAGCUUGAAUUUAGUGGACUUGACAUUACCUACAAGGACAAAGUUCCUGCACAACAGUUUUGCGCUAUAGAACUUACUGAGCAGUCGUAUAAAGCCCUCGUGUAUGCAGUGAAGAACCACUACUGGUACCAAAUGUACAUUGAUGACCUGCCUAUUUGGGGAAUCGUUGGCGAAGUUGAUGGUGACAGCUACUAUAUCUGGACUCACAAAAAGUUUGAUAUUGGCUACAAUGGGAACAGAAUAGUUGAAGUAAACCUUACUGCGGAAAAUAAGGAGCGCCUUACACCGGAUGCAAAAAUUCCGUUCACAUAUGAAGUCAAUUGGAAGCAAAGCAAUAUUAAGUUUGAAGACAGGUUUGAUAAGUACUUGGAUCCCAACUUUUUCCAGCACAGGAUCCACUGGUUCAGCAUCUUCAACAGCUUCAUGAUGGUGAUAUUUUUGGUGGGGCUGGUGUCUAUGAUUCUUAUGAGGACUCUCCGUAAAGACUAUGCCAGAUACUCUAAGGAUGAUGACCUGGAUGAUUUAGAGAAAGACUUGGGAGAUGAGUAUGGUUGGAAACAAGUACAUGGUGAUGUGUUCCGUCCUGUUCCUCACUUGGGGUUAUUCUCUGCUUUAGUAGGAGCUGGCUAUCAGCUUACCACUGUGACCUUGGCUGUCAUUAUAUUCACUAUAUUUGGUGAACUUUAUACUGAGAGGGGUUCAUUAUUGUCUACUGCUAUUUUCAUUUAUGCUGCAACUUCUCCAGUGAAUGGGUAUUUUGGGGGCUCUUUGUAUGCCAGGAUGGGUGGUAAGCUAUGGAUCAAGCAGAUGCUCCUCUCUGCUUUCUUACUCCCUGUACUAGUCUGUGGUACUGCAUUCUUUAUUAAUUUUAUUGCUAUGUAUUAUCAUGCUUCAAGAGCUAUUCCAUUUGGCAGCAUGGUGGCUGUGAUGUCCAUUUGCACUUUUGUUAUUCUGCCGCUGACUUUAGUAGGCACUGUUCUGGGCCGUAACUUAGCUGGUCAACCAGACUAUCCUUGCCGUAUCAAUGCUGUCCCUCGGCCCAUACCAGAAAAGAAGUGGUUUAUGGAACCAUUCAUAAUUAUCAUCAUGGGUGGUAUUUUACCUUUUGGUUCAAUAUUUAUUGAGAUGUACUUCAUAUUCACAUCUUUCUGGGCUUACAAAAUUUACUAUGUGUACGGAUUUAUGUUGCUUGUGUUUGUGAUCCUUAUGAUAGUGACAGUGUGUGUAACCAUUGUUUGCACAUACUUUUUGUUGAAUGCCGAGGACUACCGCUGGCAGUGGACUAGCUUCCUCUCCGCCGGAAGUACAGCUCUCUAUGUAUACUUGUAUUCCUUCUAUUACUUCCUGUUCAAAACGAAAAUGUAUGGUCUAUUUCAAACCACUUUUUACUUUGGCUACAUGGCUCUCUUCAGUUUAGCUCUUGGAAUAAUUUGCGGGACUGUAGGCUACAUUGGCACAAGUAUUUUUGUUAGGAAAAUUUAUUCGACUGUAAAGAUCGAUUGAACACAAAUUACUAGGUUGUCAAUUUUAAUUUGAUAUGGCACUGUUAUUCCAAUUGGAAUAGUGUUCUAAAUGUUUUAUUUGUUGAUUUGGUUUAUCUAUUAAGAAUUGGUUACAAAAAACGUGAGAGUUACUACAGAUGUGCAAGAUGCGGAAAGUUUCCAAAAAGUUGGAAAAAAUCUCGGAAAUUUCCGGAAAAUUACACAGGCAAUAAAGGAAACUUUCCUUUUGGAAAUGGGAAAUUUAAAUUUUCCGAUGGCACACCAGUAAGAGGAACUGUGAAUAAUGAAAAUAAUUAAUUAGGCUUGUCCUAUUGUGUUAAUGAGUUUUGGCUCAACAUUCCUAAAUAUCUAGCUGCUAAAAUUAAGUAAUUUCUCGAGUUAUAAUUUACACACACAAGAAACCCAUUGAUUUGUAUUCAUUUGUCAAACUUUUAUUACAUAAUUAUCACAGUUUUGCUUUAAAAAUCGCAACUUUAAAGAGUUCAUAGCAAUAUAUUUUUACCUAAAAUAGAGUGCAGUCAUUGAAUCAUUGUUGGUGGGUUAUUUCUAUGUAUUAAAUUAUAAAAACAUGUGGUUAAGAGUCACACACUGCCAUGUUUGGUUUUGCCGGAAUGAGUUGCUGACCAUUAAGUUCAAUGACUAUUAUAUUUAGAGAACUCACUCUAAUUACAUUUAAGACUUAAAUACCUAUACUAUGUAAAAUAAAGUAUCUAGUUUUAUUGUCUAAGUGAUGGCCUCCUAUGGGGCAAGGAAUGUGGAAUGUGUAAGGCAUCGUGUCAGGCCAAGCGGUGCUAAUAUUAAACUAUGUCUAAGUUACUUCUAUGUCCCUUAGAAAUUGUAAAUAUUGUCUUAUCCUCUACUUAGAUACAUUAACUUCUCAACUUUAUCGUGCAUUGAUAUUGAUAUAUUCACCUAUCAUGAGAUUAUGGUAUUUAAUAUUCAUAACUUUGCAGCUCUUCUGUGCUGUAAUAUUUCCCAAAUAUAAUUUGUAUGUAUUAUAUUGUAAAACUAAGAUUUUGUUGGUUUUUCAAAGUAGUCAAAAGAUUUGUUUUUGUAAUUACUAUGCCAUAACUGUACUGAUGUACUUGGUCAUGUAAAACAAUACAAUGUCAUUUUAAGAAGAA